AUGGCUACGACGGACUCAAAGUUUCCACUUCAUGAAGCUGCUCGAGAGGGCAAACUUUCUUUGGCUGAGUCACUUCUGAAUGCAAAUCCAAAACUAGCUACUACGAAAGAUGAUGAUGACCGUCUUCCAAUUCACUGGGCGGUGGCCUACAACCACCUUCCCAUCGUCGAGCUCCUCGUUUCAACAAAGGACUUCGAUCCGGAUGUCGAGGACGGAUCAUGCUGGACUCCUCUAAUGAUCGCCGCUAGUCUUAGAAAUGCCGAAGGUGACCCCAUCAUCGAGCUACUCCUGCGCAAAGGAGCGGAUGUCAAUGCCAAGAGCAUCACUGGGCAGAAUGCACUUCACUUUGCAACAUCUAAAGCAAACAUCACCACAGUCCGGACCUUACUGGAAAACAAAUGCAGUGCCCGAGUCAAGGACAAAAGGGGCCAGUUAGCGCUUCAUCGUGCGGCUGCGAUAGGCUCUACGCCAAUCAUCCAGCUACUGCUGAAAGAAGGUCGAAGCCCGGUUAAUGCUACUGAUAAUGAUGGCCUUACGGCAUUGCACCAUGCUAUUUCAGAAGGUCAUGGUGAUGCGGCGCUUACGUUGUUGAAAGCUGGUGCUGAGGCGGAUAAGAAGGAUGCGAGUGGGACGUUAGCGAUUGAUAUGGCGCCGGAUAAGAAGGUUCGGAAUUAUAUCCUGCAGGCGGCGGAAAGGGAGGGUAUUGAGCUUUGA